AUGUCUUUCCAAAACCCCAACGGCUACUGCACCGCCGACAUCACGGGCCUCGGCCGCGUCCAGGGUCGCCAAUAUCCCAACCGUGUCCGUCAAUUUCGAGGCAUCCCGUAUGCCACCUUGUCCAAACGCUGGACUCGUUCAUGCCUGAAGACGACGUGGGAGCCGGGCGUCUUAGACGCGACUCAAUACGGGCCAUCAUGCCCCAACCCAUCCUUUGACAUGGACCCGAGCGACCCUGAUCCUAUGGUUCCUGUCCCGGCAGCCGCCCAUCAUACCUGGCCCCUCACUGAUGAAAGACACGCCCUUGUCCUGAACAUCACUGCACCUCCAACGACGGACAAGCCCCUUCCUGUUUUUGUCUACAUCCACGGCGGCUCUCUUCUCUUCGGGGGCUCUCAUCUUCCCAUUUUUGACUGCGUCAACCUCGUCACCCACAGCAUGGCUCUCGGAAAGCCCAUGGUCGCCGUCACCAUCAACUACCGCGUCGGUCUGGGGGGCUUUCUUGCUAGCAAGUGCAUCAAAGACGAGCUCGCAGCCGACGGUUACGCGGGCUGCGGCAAUUUUGGUCUUACGGACCAGCAGGUAGCCUUUGACUGGAUCCAACGAUACAUUUCGUUUUUCGGGGGUGAUCCAGACAAUGUGACGGCCGUAGGAGAAUCCGCCGGUGGUAUUUCUGUCAGCCAUCAACUACUGUCUGCUCGGCCUCCUGUCUUCCACCGCGCUAUCUGCAUGUCCGGUCUGGCGUGUUCCAUCCCGGCGUGGACGCUCGAAGAGCACGAGAAACAAUUCCAAGCAACAUGUGCCCAUUUUGGAAUAGAUUCUACGCAAGUAAAUGCCCUCGAGUCCCUUCGCGGAGUUUCCGAGCAGGAUGUCGCGGAUGCCAGUGCGGCUAUUUUCGGUUUGCCACUGGGAUCAGGUACCGGCAACCCUUGUUAUGAUGGCUGGUUCCACGCGGUCGACCCAAGAGUCCUGCAUGGCGCACCCACCUGGCUUCGCGGCUACAUGCUCGGCGACACGUAUCAUGAGGGCAUCAUUUUCCAUGAGAGCAUCCUUGACGAUGACUAUAGUUUCAUUUGCUCUACUUUGGCUCAACACCUGGAAAGCGCAGAGCAGGCUGAGCACGUUCUCACGCUUUACGACAUCUUUCCCAAUCUUUCUGAUGAUACUCUCGUAUCUCGCUUAGAGCAUUUGGCUGGCGAUCUCGUCUUCAAGAUUCCAAAUUACGCCACUGCUGCCUCUUCCAAAGUUCUUCAGGAGCAAGGCCAGCUGUUCAAGUACCACUUCGAUCAACGCUCACGCCUUGACAACUAUUUGAAAAACACGGCUUACCAUGCCCACGAACUAUUAUACCUCUUUCUCAAUCUCAACAACCAGCUGGAUUCCGCGGAGAAAGUAAUGGCAUAUGCCUUUGCGGAAGCAUGGAUCAAAUUCGCAAACGGAGAAUCGCCCUGGCCAACUGGCGCCACAGACUGGAUGGUCUGGGGCCAAAACAGCAACUUUGGAGUUCAAACAGAGGAAGAAGACGAACAAAUUAGGCGCUAUUCGCGAUUCAAAGCAAUCUUGAGCCUUGGGGACGGACAUACGUGGCUGAAGUUAUUACGGGGUGUAGAUGAUAUCGUAAACAAGAGGAUGAGGACGGGAGUAUCGAAGGCUAAGGCUUAA